AUGUCUCAGCAGGCCAAGACAAAGUUCUCCCCUGGACAGCCCAAGUCAGUUGGCGCAUCGAUCCCGCAAGACGCAAUUAAAGAGAUCCAGCAGUCGUUUCAGGAAGCCCUAAAUCAGACCCAAAGGAUGUUAAGUAAUCAGAUGGAGGGGCUGGGAAAUAAACUAGAAGCACUAGAUAACAAGUUUAAAGAAACAAAGAAAGACAUCGCAGAGGUAGUUAAAAUCACAAGAUCCAUAGAGGACAAACUUAGAUUAACAGAGAAUAGGGUCGUGGAAAUGGAAUUAAAACAAGAGGAACAGGAUACUAAAUUGAUAAGAAUGGAAUUAGGUCAGGCAGACUAUAUCCUCAGAUGUUUGAAUAUUCCUGAGGAGAAAAAUGAAAACUUAGUCAGUGUUUUGGCCGAAGCUUUGAACGAAAUUUUAAGGAUGAACAAGGAGGAUGUAGAAAGAGAGUUUGAUUAUAUUUACAGGGUUAACUCUCAAUUUGCAAUAAAAAACGACCUCCCAAGGGAGGUGCAUGUUAAGUUUGUCCGAAAGCACGUUAAAGAACGGAUAUGGCGAGAGAUACGGGAGCAUCCUCUCAUGAUUAAAGAGACCAGGAUAAAGGUUAUGCGAGAAAUUCCUUGGGCAGUUAGAUCCAAGAGAAAAACGUACAUGAACUUAGCACAGAUGUUGCAAGAAAAGGGAAUGUGGGGGGGACCCGUGAAGGUGGAAAGAAGCUUCUCUGAGGCGGAAGGAGCUCCGUCAGAGGAAGGCCAGAGGGCGCAGGCCCAGGAGCGUGCCCAAGAUGCCCCGUCAAGUGGCAGCGAAGAGACGUUAUGGAGCCCUUUUCUUUGCAGAGAAGUGGAAACGCCUCCUCAGCCUCUGAUCCAGUCUCCAUUUUCCUUUGAGGAGGUGGCCGUGAAUUUCUCCGUGGCGGAGUGGGGCCUGCUGGAUCUGGACCAAAAAGCCCUUUACAGAGAAGUCAUGCUGGAGAGCUGUGGGAGUGUGGCUUUUCUGGCAGAUGUAGAGGAGACUGCUUGGGAAUUCCAGGGGCUCUCUUUGGGAAUAGUCAAGAAUGAAGAUGCUGAAGAAAACUCUGGAGAUGGACCACAGAGGCAGGAGGAAAGCCACGCAGAGGAUGUCAAGAAUGAAGAUGUGAGAAGAAACAUCAGGAUACAAAGCAAGUCUCAGAGGCAGAAAGUCAGGUGCAGAGUGAAGAAGAGGAAUAAAUCCAUUCCUUGCCAAGGGGGGGAUUUGCAAGAAGUAAUUCACAGUUUGGAGAAAACUUACAAGUGCAUGGAGUGUGGAAUGAACUUCUCAAAUCAAACCCAAUAUAAUAUACAUUUUUCAAAGUACAGUAUAGUGAAGGCAUGUAAAUGCUUUCGGUGUGGAAAGUACUUCAGAUACAAAUCGCAACUCCUUGUGCACCAAAGGAUCCACAGAGCGGAGAAACAUUUUGAACACGCAAUGUAUGGGAAGAAAUUCAGUCAAAGCUGCAUUCUUCAACAGCAUCAGAGAACACACACGGGGGAGAAGCCUUUCAAAUGCUCAGACUGUGGGAAGAGGUUCAGUCACAGUGGCCAUCUUCAAAGUCAUUUAAGAACCCACACGGGGGAGAAGCCUUUUGAAUGCUCAGAAUGUGGGAGGAGAUUCAGUCAGAAUAGCGAUCUUCAACGUCAUCUAAGAACCCACACAGGGGAGAAGCAUUUUAAAUGCUCAAAGUGUGGGAAGAGGUUCAGUCAGAGUGGCAGCCUUCAACAUCAUCUAAGAACCCACACGGGGGAGAAGCCUUUUGAAUGCUCAGAGUGUGGGAAGAGAUUCAGCUGCAGCAACAAUCAUCAAAGUCAUUUAAGAACCCACAGUGGGGAGAAGCCUUUUGAAUGCUCAGAGUGUGGUAAAAGAUUCAGUCAUAAUAGCGCUCUUCAACGUCAUCUAAGAACCCACACAGGGGAGAAGCCUUUUGAAUGCUCAGACUGUGGGAAGAGGUUCAGACACAGUGGCCAUCUUCAAAGUCAUCUAAGAACCCACACGGGGGAGAAGCCUUUUGAAUGCUCAGACUGUGGGAAGAGGUUCAGUCGGAGUGGCAGCCUUCAGCAUCAUCUAAGAACCCACACAGGGGAGAAGCCUUUUGAAUGCUCAGAGUGUGGGAAGAGAUUCAGCUGCAGUAACAAUCAUCAAAGUCAUUUAAGAACCCACACAGGGGAGAAGCCUUUUGAAUGCUCAGACUGUGGGAAGAGGUUCAGACAAAGUGGCCAUCUUCAAAGUCAUCUAAGAACCCACACGGGGGAGAAGCCUUUUGAAUGCUCAGACUGUGGGAAGAGGUUCAGUCAGAGUGGCAGCCUUCAACAUCAUCUAAGAAGCCACACAGGGGAGAAGCCUUUUGAAUGCUCAGAGUGUGGGAAGAGAUUCAGCUGCAGUAACAAUUAUCAAAGUCAUUUAAGAACCCACGCUGGGGAGAAGCCUUUUGAAUGCUCAGAGUGUGGGAAGAGAUUCAGCUGCAGCAACAAACAUAAAAGUCAUUUAAGAACCCACACUGGGGAGAAGCCUUUUGAAUGCUCAGAGUGUGGAAAAAGAUUCAGUUAUAAUAGCGAUCUUCAACGUCAUCUAAGAACCCACACAGGGGAGAAGCCUUUUGAAUGCUCAGACUGUGGGAAGAGGUUCAGUCAGAAUGGCAGCCUUCAAGAUCAUCUAAGAACCCACACGGGGGAGAAGCCUUUUGAAUGCUCAGAGUGUGGGAAGAGAUUCCGCCGCAGCAACCAUCAUCAAAGUCAUUUAAGAACGCACACUGGGGAGAAGCGUUUUGAAUGCUCAGAGUGUGGAAAAAGAUUUAGUCAUAAUAGCAAUCUUCAACGUCAUCUAAGAACCCACACAGGGGAGAAGCCUUUUGAAUGCUCAGAGUGUGGAAAGAGAUUUAGUAACUGGAGCAAUCUUCAAAAACAUCGAAGAAUCCACACAGGGCAUAAACCUUUUGAAUGCUCAGAGUGUGGAAAGAGAUUAAGUCAUAAUAGUGCUCUUCAACGUCAUCUAAGAACCCACACAGGGGAGAAGCCUUUUGAAUGCUCAGACUGUGGGAAGAGGUUCAGUCAGAGUGGCAGCCUUCAACAUCAUCUAAGAACCCACACGGGGGAGAAGCCUUUUGAAUGCUCAAAGUGUGGGAAGAGAUUCAGUUUUAGUUACAAUCUUGGACGUCAUCUAAGAACCCACACGGGGGAGAAGCCUUUUGAAUUCUCAAAGUAUGGGAAGAGAUUCAGUCAUAAUAGCGAUCUUCAAUGUCAUCUAAGACCCCACACAGGGGAGAAGCCUUUUGAAUGCUCAGAGUGUGGGAAGAGAUUCGGUGACAGUAGCAAUCUUCGAAGUCAUCUAAGAACCCACAUGGGGGAGAAGCCUUUUGAAUGCUCAGAGUGUGGGAAGAGAUUCAGUCAUAAUAGCCAUCUUAAACGUCAUCUAAGAACCCACACGGGGGAGAAGCCUUUUGAAUGCUCAAAGUGUGGGAAGAGAUUCAGUUUUAGUUACAAUCUUCAAAGUCAUCUAAGAACCCACACGGGGGAAAAGCCUUUUGAAUGCUCAAAGUGUGGGAAGAGAUUCAGUUUUAGUAACAAUCUUCAAUGUCAUCUAAGAACCCACACGGGGGAGAAGCCUUUUGAAUGCUCAAAGUGUGGGAAGAGAUUCAGUUUUAGUUACAAUCUUCAAAGUCAUCUAAGAACCCACACGGGGGAAAAGCCUUUUGAAUGCUCAAAGUGUGGGAAGAGAUUCAGUUGUAAUAGCACUCUUCAACAACAUCUAAGAACCCACACAGGGGAUAAGCCUUUUGAAUGCUCAGAGUGUGGGAAGAGAUUCAGUCACAGUAACAAUCUUCGAAGUCAUCUAAGAACCCACACAGGGGAGAAGCCUUUUGAAUGCUCAGAGUGUGGGAAGAGAUUCAGUCAUAAUAGCGAUCUUCAACGUCAUCUUAGAACCCACACAGGGGAGAAGCCUUUUGAAUGCUCAAAGUGUGGGAAGAGAUUCAGUCAUAGUGGCAAUCUUCAAAAACAUCGAAGAAUCCACACAGGAGAGAAGCCUUUUCAAUGCUCAGACUGUGGGAAGAGGUUCAGUCAGAGUGGCAGCCUUCAACAUCAUCUAAGAACCCACACGGGGGAGAAGCCUUUUGAAUGCUCAGAGUGUGGGAAGAGAUUCAGUGUUAGUUGCAAUCUUCGACGUCAUCUAAGAACCCACACGGGGGAGAAGCCUUUUGAAUGCUCAAAGUGUGGGAAGAGAUACAGUCAUAAUAGUGAUCUAAAACGUCAUCUAAGACCCCACACAGGGGAGAAGCCUUUUGAAUGCUCAGAGUGUGGGAAGAGAUUUAGUCAUAAUAGCGAUCUUCAACGUCAUCUAAGAACCCACACAGGGGAGAAGCCUUUUGAAUGCUCAGACUGUGGGAAGAGAUUCAGUUUUAGUAACAGUCUUCGAAGUCAUCUAAGAACCCACACAGGGGAGAAGCCUUUUGAAUGCUCAGAGUGUGGGAAGAGAUUCAGUGACAGUAACAAUCUUCGAAGUCAUCUAAGAACCCACACAGGGGAGAAGCCUUUUGAAUGCUCAGAGUGUGGGAAGAGAUUCAGUCAAAAUAGCGAUCUUCAACGUCAAAUCCAGGAAGACGGGAGCGUGGGCAUACGUGUAACCGACCAGAUCUACAAAAGGACUGAGCUUAGAGGUUCAGGUUUAUCCCCGAUACUGAAAAACAAGGAGCCCCAAACAAUCACUGAGGGUUCCGAAGGCUUUCAGGGAACUGAAUGUGAAUCCUAG